UUAAAAUCGACAAGUAGCCACUAGAGGUUUUGAGUUUAAUCAAUUAAUGUUGACAUGAGAGGGUGAUGACAUGUGUAACUAGACAGAACAACACCUCCUUGAUCUGAUUGGUGUGUGCACGCUUUGGUCUGACAGCUUAUCAACAAGGCACUGCUCUAACAAGGUAAUUCGGAAAUCAGUUUACAACUGUGGUUCAAAAUGCGGAAAGAAAAGGAGUCUGCGUGUAAUACCACCCGAAUUCAAUUUCCCCUUAUCAGAUGAUCCCUCAGCGUUGUUGGUUACUUGAGUGAGCUUCUCCUAUCACUGGCAUUCGACCAGUUGGUUUUCCUCUGAUGUAAGGUUACCGUCUGUGUUGCAGACUAACAUACAGCAGUGAUAGAUUUCCUUGUCUACGACUGGAGUCAAGUAAUUCGACGAAGACCUGCAUCCAUAGCGACCAACAUAGAAACAUACAAGUUGCUGCUAGUGAUCUUGAGGCAAGCUCGUGUCGAUGGAAUCGAAAGCAAUGACAACUAGCAUUCUUCUUAUCUUACUACUGGACGUCACGUUCUGUGCAAGCAUUGGCGGUUCGAUCGAAGAGACUCCAAGCCCUGAAAGUUUAGCUGCAUCGGGUAAAAAAGCGCAGAGGAAACAGUACAGCUACGGACGUGCAAGGCAGUUGUACCAAAACACGUUGUCUUACUUCAUCGAUGGAAAAGACAAUGGUACAGAGAUCGAUAGCGGUCAACGUACUGGUGACAACGCACGUCAAGUAGACGACUACUUCAAGAACCAUCAUUCAGUCAGAAAAAGUAAAGAAAACGACAGAACACAAUCGAACCCUCCUAGCGGGUCCACGUCGGGAUGCAAGGAAUCGUGGAGUGCAUGGGGUCCGAAAACUGUCCUGUUUGGCUGUGGAGAGCGACACAGAAAUCGGUCGUGCAAUGGCAAGGCACAAGUCGAGAGAAGAACUGAUUGUAGCAAUCCUACUUUUGAUGACCAACUGAUGUAUUUCAAAAAGUUUUUCUUCAAGCCUUUGCAACAGUACAGAAAGCAAAAGUCAAAGAAAAAGGGAAAUUCUUAUGAGCAACCACUCGAUCUUCUCUUCCUUGUAGACCGCUCUGAGUCUAUGCAACGGUUAGAGUUCUCUCGAGUUUGCUCUGCCAUAGCUACUCUAAUCAAGAACAUGGAAUUGAAUAUCUCUCCUGGAAACAAUCAAGUCGCGAUGGUCACUUUUGGAACUGAUUCUAAUGUUGAGUUUAAGUUCAAUGAUUACACGAGCAUUCUGAAUGUGCAAAACGCAAUAAUAGGUAUUCCACAACAUCGAUCGGGAAGCUCACAACUAGAGCAAGCACUUCGGUACAGUGCUGAUAUCUUCAAUUCGAGUAAAAACUUUGGUGCUCACAAAGGCAGUCGACGAGUUAUGUUAAUUGUAACAGAUGGUCAAUCAACACACGAUCCAGGAGCGGCAGCGAAAAAGUUGAAGCAAAAAUUUGAUGUUGAGAUAUUUGUGGUCGGUUUUAAAGUAAUAGAUGAGAAACAAAUGAUGGCUGUCAGUUCUCAUCCUAAACAUCAUCAUGUCUUCUACUUUGAAACAGCACAGAAAGUCCACAGGAUGGUCAAACAACUUAAACUAAAGAAGUGAGAAAGCUGGAGCUUCUCUAGUUAGUAAAAUUUAACUAUUUAGUGAGGUUUACUUUACGUUCUACCACAAGUUGUGGUGACUGGAAGAUAUAAGACAUUUAAGUCAUUUCUAUUGGCAGUCAACUUCAGCAGGCUGCAGCUGGUUGUAACUAUACUGAUGUCUCUAUAAGACACCUUGCUUCUAUAUUCUUUGGUUUAAAGGAGCAAUAAGUUGAUUAGUGAUGUCUUAGAGAAAGACAUUAUGAACUCAGAAACUAGUUUACUGUCUCACAGGCUAUUUUUACAGAACUAUAUAUAUAUAUAUAUAUUAAAAUAAUUCAGAG